CGCGCUGUCCCGAAAGCCGGCUCGUGUCCUUCCGGUCCCCGACGCCCCCCGCCCCAGCCCAGCCCCGCUGCAGGUGUGACCGACCAAGCCGAUGGGCUCGGCCCGACCAUGCGGGGGAAGCUGCUGCUUCUGGCCGGUCUCUACCUGGUGCAGGGGCUGCCCUACGGGCUCCAGUCCGGCCUGCUGCCCAUCCUGCUGCGGGCCCGCGGCCUGUCGCUGACGCGCGUGGGGCUGGCCAAGGCGCUGUACGCACCGUGGCUGUUCAAGCUGGCGUGGGCCCCGCUGGUGGACAGGCGGGGCUCCCCGCGGGCCUGGCUGGCGCUCAGCACGGCCGCCCUGGGCCUGGUGUGUGGGCUGCUGGCCGCCCUGCCUCCUGCCCAAGACGGCCAGGCCGCGAUGCCCAUCCCCGUGGCCGGGCUGCUGCUGUUACUGAACCUGGCUGCGGCGGUGCAGGACGUGGCCCUGGACACACUGGCCGUGCAGCUCCUGGAGCCCACGGAGCUGGGGCCCGGCAACACCGUGCAGGUGGUCGCCUACAAGCUGGGGGCGGCACUGGCGGGGGGAGGGCUGCUCGCCCUCCUGCCCACACUGUCCUGGCCGCGGCUCUUUCUGCUCCUGGCCGCCACCUACUGGCUGGCCGCUGCCCUGGCAUGGGCCGCCCCAGCCAUCCGCCCGCGGCCGCCGCCUCAGCUCUCAGAGCCACACCCCCCCGGGAAAGCCGCCCACCUCCUGCAGGGCUUGCUGGCUGUGCCUGGGACCGUGUGGACAGCAGGCUUUGUGUCCACCUACAAGCUGGGUGAGCAGGGCGCCGGCAGCCUGCUCCCCCUCCUCCUGCUGGACCGCGGCGCCUCCGCCCCCGAGCUGGGGCUCUGGAACGGCGUGGGCGCCGUGGCCUGCUCCAUCGUUGGCUCUGCCCUGGCCGGGGCCCUGCUAGCCAGACACUGGCGGCCACUGUCCCUGCUGAGGUCACUGCUGCGGCUCCGCCUCGCGGGCCUGGCCUGCCAGACCGUCCUGCUCUUCCACUUGGACUCCCCAGAUGCCAGCGUGGGCCCUGCCUCCGUCCUGAGAGGUGCAGCCGUGCUGAGUCUCUGCCUGCAGCACUUCCUGGGAGGCCUGGUCACCACCGUGACCUUCACCGUGAUGAUGCGCUGCAGCCAGCUGGCGCCCAGGGCCCUGCAGGCCACGCACUACAGCCUCCUGGCCACGCUGGAGCUGCUGGGGAAGCUGCUGCUGGGGGCCCUGUCUGGAGCCCUGGCCGACGGCCUGGGCCUGCGGCUCUGCUUCUCUCUGCUGCUCGCGCUGUCCGCCCUGCCCCUGCUGGACCUUGGCCUGGCACCCAGCUCUCUGGCCUGAGCCAAUAAAGCAGAGCGUGCCGCGGCCCGAGUGCUGUGUCUGGA